AUGGACACAUUGCUCGAUCUCCCAGCGCGAGCUCUGCGCCCGCUUCUUGCCUGGAUCGAAGCCACGCCCGUAUACCUGCUGCUUGCACUCUUUGUGCUCCUAGUCCUGUUUGGUCUGCUUGCCCUCUUUGUGCUCCUGCACCUUGUCGCCCCGAAGCCACGCCCCGUACUCCCCUCCGAAAAGAUAUACAUCACGACAUCUGCCAACGGCAAGGUCUCUGGCCCGCACCAGCUCCCGUGCUGGUACGACCGCUGGUUAGCCGAGCGCCGCAUCGCCGAGAAGAACGCUGGUCCCAACGAGACCUUUGACGCUGGCUCCAUUGAACCCGCGGAGCUUAAGCUCAGCGUCGUGUUCCCCGCGUACAACGAAGAAGACCGCAUCAAGCCGACCCUCGAGGAGGCCGUAGAGUACCUCGACAAACAUAUCGGACGUAGCAAGGCUAAGAGCCCCUCCAGCCCGAGCAAGAAGCGCCAUGCACGAUCGGCGUCCACAGUCGGCGGCUACGAGAUCAUUGUCGUCAACGACGGCAGCAGGGACAAGACGGUCGAUGUGGUCCUCGAGUUCUCCAAGAAACAUGAGCUGCAUGAUAUCGUGCGCGUGGUAUCCCUCGCCAAGAACAGAGGCAAAGGUGGCGGCGUGACACACGGUCUGCGCCAUGUCCGUGGCGAACACGUCCUGUUUGCUGAUGCCGACGGCGCUUCGCGCUUCAGCGACGUCAGUAAGCUCCUCGAGGGCUGCGAUGAGGUCGUUGAUGGCUCGGGACGCGGCGCCGCCAUUGGUAGCAGAGCCCAUCUCGUCGGCAGUGAGGCCGUCGUCAAGCGCUCUGCCUUGAGAAACUUCCUCAUGCGCAGCUUCCAUCUAGUCCUCACAAUCCUGACCCCUCCCGCGACAUCCCGCAUCCGCGACACCCAGUGCGGCUUCAAGCUGUUUUCGCGCGAGGCCCUGCCGCACAUUGUGCCCUACAUGCACACCGAAGGCUGGAUCUUCGACAUUGAGAUGCUCAUGCUGGCCGAGUCUGCACCAGCCACUCCGGUUCUUGGGUCCGACGGCAGCGUUAUUGGCUCUAGUCCGGGCAUUAAGGUCGCCGAGGUGCCUAUUGAGUGGCACGAGGUCGGGGGCAGUAAGCUGAAUGUUAUCCAGGACAGUAUCAAGAUGGCACUGGGCCUGGCGAUUCUCCGCGCGAGCUGGAUGCUAGGCGUGUACCGCCGGCGGAUGACUUGA